UCGUGUUGACCCAGAGAGCAGCUCUGACUGAACGACCGGCUUCUCCUGUCUGAGCUUUAAUUCAACACACAGCAGGACCUGGAUCAGCUUCAGGAGUGAAGCAUGGAGGACUCAGCCGUCAUCCAGGCAGGUUUCAACGCCUCUGACCAGGAAGAACUGCAUGAGCCCUGCAGGUUCAGCAGCAGCAACAGCAUGAACUGGCUGCUCAGCUCCUACAUCUACUCCAUCAUCUGCAUCCUGGGCCUCGUGGGGAACGUUGUAAUAAUCAUCACUCUUACAUGUAAGACCAAAAACAAGCUGAAGAUACAUGAAGUCUUCCAGCUCAACCUGGCCAUCACCAACCUGCUGUUCACCGUGGCGCUGGCCUUCCUGAUCUACAACGAGCUGUACUCUUGGCCGAUGGGCCAGGCGGCCUGCAAGCUGCUGCAGGGAUCCUACAGCAUCAACCUGUACAGCGGCAUGCUGCUGAUCGCUGGGAUGAGCGUUUUGCACUUCGUCAGCCUCUGCAGUCCUCUGUACAGUCUGACAAGCUUCAUAGAGAUGAAACCCACCUUCAUCGUCUGUGUGUCCAUCUGGGUGUUUGCCCUGCUGCUCUCUGUCCCCACCUUCUACUUCUACCAGCUGUAUGUGCCAACAAGUGAAACCAUCCACAUGCUGGAGGGUGAAAAUCACAGCAACUCCUCAGCGUCGCCGCAGUUCGUCUGUGAGUUUCAGUUUGAAGACCACGACUUGUCCCAGAUCGUGAAAGUGGCGGUUCCGAGCGUCCAAAUGGCUGUCGGCUUCUUCCUGCCGCUGCUCGUCAUCAUCGUCUGUUACACCUCCAUCAUCAUCAAACUACUGACCAAAAAGUUCAUCCCAACUAACAGAAAAUCCGCAAAGAAAACUGGUCAGCCUUUCGACCAAAACGACACAAAACCCAGAGACCUUCGAGUGGAGGCAGUGAAGACGAUGAUGGGGAUAAUGCUGGUGUUUGUGGCCUGCCACCUGCCCCACAACCUGGUCCUGCUGUACGACACCUCCACCAUGUUCCAGCCGGUGGAGUGUGAAGAGGCUGACCGCUUGCACACCGCCCUGUCCGUCACAGAGUUCAUCGCCUACCUGCAGUGCUGCCUGAACCCGGUGAUGUACGGCUUCAUAGGCAAAAACUUCAGGCAGAACUUCAGGAAAACCUUCUUCUCAACCAACACAUCUCGCUACCAGUCCUCUACAAAAUCGACUAAAGGCGGCAGUCUCAAGGAACCUCUUAAAGAUGCAGAACUUCCUCUCAGUACUUAUUCAGAGAGUAGAUGCUCUGUGACGUGGAUCAUGAUGAAGGCAGACGUCACCUAA